AUGAAUAAAGAGACUGUUCCAAUUUUUAAGUUUAUAGUUGUAGGCGAUCAAUGUAAGUGGGUAUGUCAGACUUAGUUGUCAGUAAAAGUAGUUUUGUAAAAUAAUAUUCCGAAUCCAUAUUCAUUGAAGCUCUUAAACCAACGAUUGGUGUAGAAUUUGAAAAAAAAUGGUUAUUGUGGAUAAACGUAAAGUUGAAUUAUAACUUUGGGAUACUGUAAGAUUAGGUUUUAUAUAAAAGGCUGGAUAAGAAUAAUUUCGUAGUAUGAUAAAAAGUUUUUAUCGUGGUGCAGCUGCAGUUUGUGUCUUAUAUGAUGUAAAUUAAAGAGAGUCUUUUGAAAGAUUAAAUUAAUGGCUUUAAGAAUUAUAAGAGAGUGCUCAUGAAGAAAUUGUUAAAAUUCUAGUUGGAAAUAAAUCAGAUUUAGAUAGAGAUAUUUCAAAAUAGGAGGCUGAAUAAUUUAUGAAUCAAAAUAAUUUUAGUUUAUUUUUUGAAACAUCAGCUAAAACAGGAGAAAAUGUAGAGAAAGUACUAUUCUACAUACAUUUUUUUAGGGCUUUUGUAGAAGCUGUCAAAUUAGUGAUUAUGCGAAUUGUUACAAGUGA